CAGUGGCGGAAGGAGCAUGGCGUGGAGACAUCUGAAACAACGGGCCCUGGAUGCGGUGAUCAUCCUGGGCGGCGGGGGAUUCCUCUUCGCCUCGUACUUGACAGCCACCGGGGAUGAGUACUUCUACGCCAGACACCUGAUGCCGGCCCUGCAGAGGCUGCUGGACCCCGAGUCCGCGCACAGGCUGGCCGUGCGCUGCGCUGCGCUGGGGCUCCUGCCUCGAUCCACUUUCCAGGACUCGGACAUGCUGGAAGUGAGGACCCUGGGCCAUAAGUUCCGAAACCCGGUAGGAAUUGCUGCAGGAUUUGACAAGCACGGGGAAGCCGUGGAUGGGCUUUAUAAGAUGGGCUUUGGCUUCGUGGAGAUAGGAAGUGUUACCCCCAAACCUCAGGAAGGAAACCCCAAGCCCAGAGUCUUUCGCCUCCCCGAGGACCAGGCCGUGAUUAACAGGUAUGGAUUUAACAGCCACGGCCUCGAGGUGGUGGAGCGCAGGCUGCGCGCCAGGCAGCAGGAGCAGGCCAGGCUCACGGAAGAUGGGCUGCCACUGGGAAUAAACCUGGGGAAGAAUAAAACCUCGGAGGACGCUGCCUCGGACUACGCAGAAGGGGUCCGGGUCCUGGGCCACUUGGCCGACUACCUGGUGGUGAAUGUGUCCAGUCCCAACACCGCAGGGCUGCGGAGUCUCCAGGGAAAGGGCGAGCUGCGCCGCCUGCUGACCAAGGUGCUGCAGGAGAGAGAGGCCUUGAAGCGAGCACACAAGCCAGCGGUGCUGGUGAAGAUCGCACCCGACCUCUCGGCCCGGGACAAGGAGGAUAUCGCCAGUGUGGUGAGAGAGCUGGGCAUCGACGGGCUGAUCGUCACCAACACCACUGUGACCCGCCCUGCCAGCCUGCAGGGCGCCCUGCGCUCUGAAACCGGGGGGCUGAGCGGGCAGCCGCUCCGGGAUCUGUCCACGCAGACCAUCCGGGAGAUGUACGCGCUCACGCAAGGUAGAGUCCCCAUCAUUGGGGUGGGUGGCGUGAGCAGCGGGCAGGACGCGCUGGAGAAGAUCCGUGCGGGCGCGUCCCUGGUGCAGCUGUACACGGCCCUCACCUACCAGGGCCCGCCCGUGGUGGGCAGGGUCAAGCGGGAGCUGGAGGCCCUGCUGAGGGAGCAAGGUUUCGCCCGAGUCACUGAUGCCAUCGGCGCUGAUCACCGGAGGUGAGGCCUGGGAGCUGGACGCCUGCUCUGGAACCUUCUCCUAAGGCAGGCGAGCUGUUGUGAGUGAGUGUGAGAAGAACCCCAGGACCCCUCAUGGGAGGAAGUUGCUGCCUCGCCAUCUUUCUAGAUCCAGCCCCAGAUCCUUGGCUGCCACAGAACCUUGGCUGUUUGUGGGGAAAAUAAAGCCACUUACCGCCUGGAUUUCAUCCCAGCACAUCCCGGAGGCCACGUUGGUCCUGAGGCUGCAGUGUUCUGGCCUCUGCACGGGGUCCGCCGUGCACUUCCUGUAGCGUCUCUCGCAUUCUCUCCAGCUGUUUGUUUUGAACUGUAUUUUGGACAUAGUUCAAACAUGAACCAGACGUGCAAGAACAGGGCUCGAGGCUGGCUGCCCUUUCCCGCGUCCUCACGUUGUCUUUGCGUGUGACGGCACUGCUGUGGGCUGGGCGGGCAGCUGAGUGGGCCGGAGCACAUGCUCUGUGGGUGGCAGGCCCGGAGCCCCCGAUCCGGGUGAUCUGAACUCAGGAGCACUGCUGGGAGUGGCUCCCAAGGACUGAGCUGGGAGCACCCCUGAGCAGCACUGGCUGUGGCCCAAGAACACCAGCCCUCAGGGGCCUUCCUGUGGCCUCUGGAUGUGGUUUCAGUUGGAGGCCUGGGGCCUAGGAUGCCACUGUUUGACUUUGGGGAGCCCCAGCUGAGCCCAUCACAGGGCAUGUGUUUGCUGCCCCUUUCUCUAGCUUUGUCUGGGAUUCGGGUGUUUUAGUGCUCCAGGUGUUCAAGAAGCGGCCAGGCCGUUUGGACCCACAGCUGCCACCUGACCCGCCUUCGCCCAAGGGCACUAUUCCCACCACACCUGGGCCUGUUCCCGCCCUUUCCCAGCCCCUCCUUUGCUGUGAAAUCACACACCCCUGGCCUCGCCCUUGCACUCUUUGCUCCGGAAUGCUCUGUGGUUGCUCCUCUGCACAGUGCUCUAGGACUUGUGGCUUCUGGUGCUUCUGCAGGAGUGCCGGGUGUUGCACUCUUGGCUGAGGGCUUGUGCACCUCCUGGUGGCUGUGCGCCCCAGGGUCGCGCCCUUGAGUGAUGGGGCUCACGCACCUAGCAGCAGGGACCCCCAGACAGCUGAGCGGAGCCCGAAGGUGACUCUGGGCUCUGCCUCAGCCACGGAGCCUCGGGCCAGUCGCGCCAUCUUCCCACAGACGGUUUUCCUCGUUUUAUUUUACUGAAAAAACAAUACCUACUGUUUGUUUGGAGGCCAUGCCAGGUGAUGCUCAGGGGACUAUAUGGGAUGCUGGGACUCUAACCCAGGUUGGUCACGUGCCAGGCAGAUGCCCUCCCUACUGUACUAUCUCUCGAGCCCAAAGGUACCUACUCUUAAGAGAGAACAACACAUUCUCCCCAAACCUGGGUUGUGUCUCUGAUUCCCCCAACUAAUCCCGUUUCCUCAGUCAUCACAGUUAAAUUUUCUACCACCCCAGGUUUUCCUGGACAGUUUUAGGGUGUAGCUAUGAUAUCUGAGGCUACUGUUUCAUCUCGCUGCACAUUGCAAGCGGAACCCUGUCUUUCCCCUCAGAGCUUUCUGCAUCCCCCAGUUACUGUAGCCAGACUGCACAGUCAGACCAGGUCCUCAAAUCUGGGAACAAGUUCUGGAGACUGGAAUUACAAAGAAACCAAGCUAGUGCCUACAGCCUUUUUCUGGUUGCCAAAGCAUCUCUAGGCUCUAAUAAAGCCCCGGCCGGCUGAUG